UAUUACUUAAACGUGGGUGUUUCCAGAGGGCUGUGCUGUCUUUUCACCAUGGAUUUUGUUUUUACAUGGUCAGCACAACCUCGUGAAAAACUGGAAACGGACAUUCAUUUUAUUAAUAAGGAAUUAAUUGAGGAUGAACCCUUUAAAGACAUUACAAACCUGGCAGUUAAACUGGAUAAACUGAAAAGACUGUUCAUGAAGUAUGACUACUCCAGUAGAGGAGAAAUUGAUUAUAUUGCCUUUCAUGCCAUGGCUCGGGAGCUUCGUGUCUUUACCACUUUAGCAGAGCUGAGGAAGAGAGUCCAGGAAAUAACUGGCAAUGCAAGGAACAUCAUUUCCUAUAAAGACACUGCCAUGGCUGUGUUGGGCCAACGCUCAACUAUGUGUCAAAGGAUAAUGAAACACAAUGGCGACUUUGAUAAAAAAACUUGCUGGCUGGACAGUACCCACCCUUCUUACCUUGGUUAUCUGGAAUUUUCUGCACACUCUCCUCUACAGUCUCCAAUUACACCAAUGCCUCCCCCUCCCCCACCAUCACCUGCUGAUAUGUGUCCAGGGGAGAAGGCUGUGAGCUAUCCAGCAGCAUGACUGGAAUAAAAAAAUUAAAUUAUACUUGCAUAGUAAAAUAUGUUUACUGUACUAAAUUUGUAACAGUUUAAUAAACUUUUCAUUAAAAAUACA